AAUCUAAUCAGCAAAAAAAACUCAGCCGUUGAUUCUAUUUAACGAGCUUCUCUUUCUCCUUCUCUCAGAUCUCAUUCCCCGAGAAAAAAGCUACCGGAGAGAAAACACCGCCGCCGCCACUGACUACGGUUUAUUAGGAUCAAGCUCAAACCUUGAAAUCAAACCAUUAAGAUCCAAAUCGUGUUGCUUGAUUGUGGGUUUCAGGUGGAUUGUAUUUGACAUGGAUUAGGAAAGAAAAAGGAGGAAUCUUUAUCUUCUCCAGAUUGUUUUGGAUUUUGGGUAUACUUUCCAUAUCUCUGUUGUGGUGGAUCUGUGUUAUGGAUACGAGUCGUGGAGAGGCUAAAGAGGCCAACGGAUUUGAGAAUCAUAAGGCUAUUGUUGAGGUUCAAGUCUGUGAGGAGGAGGAGGAGGAAGAAGAAGAAAGUGAGUCACAGUGUUUGUUGCCUCCUCCUAGGAAAGGAGGGAUGUCUACAAGUAGUGACAAGAUUAAGAGGACUGUGCAGUGGACUGAUAACAAAGGAGACAAUCUUGCUGAGGUUUUAGUUUAUGAACCAAGUGAAGUAAGCGAUUCAGAUGACGAUGAUUCAGAUGCUUGCAUCUGCACCAUUAUGUAAUCCUCAAAACCUGCAUUCAAUCACCAUUAACAUGGAGUUUUUAACAAUGAGCUCGUCCUUGUAUCUGGCUUCUUUUCAGCAACCAGUAUUUGUGAGAGGAUAAGAGAGUGGACAUCACCAAUCACGAAGUUUCAGAUUUUUUUGCUCAGGACUUCUGACAAGAAGCCAGUCCAAAAGAGGGAUUGUCACAUAUCAGUUACAGGAGUGAGAGAGUAUAUAGAUUAUAGAUUACUGCUGUAUUUUUUUCAGGUUUUGAUAGUAAACGUGUUUCCGCAACAUACAUCUUAUAUAUUAAAGAGAAGUCACAACCUUGAUUCA